AUGCAUCUCUCUACACUCAUCCUACUCCCAGCUCUGGCUGCGGCACAAGAGCAGGUCCCCCUCGCAGAGCGUCUGCAAGGCUGGUUCAACCAGGCCAAGGAGUUGCUGCCUACUCCAAAGAUUCCCCAGGCUACCGUGCCAGUCACUCCUCAUACUCCUCCCAAGGCUGCAGUCGUAAAGCCAAAGACCGUCACCCAAUUCAACCCAGAGAACUGGAAGGAUAUACUUGCACCUCAGUCGACCCCGCAGGAAUGGCUGAUCUACGUCACCGGCGGUAACAAGACCUGCUUCGGACAAUGCGCACAGGCAAACCGCGCCUGGAAGGAAGCACAAAAUCAGUUCGCUGCCGACUCCCAGUCCCCCAACCUUGGCCGUCUUAACUGCGAAGCCCAAGGCCUUCUUUGUUCCAUCUGGUCCGUUAGCCCGCCCAUGCUAUGGCACAUCCAAGUCCCCAGUGCUCCAUCCAUCGGUGAAGAGAAGCCACCAGUACCCAUUCAUCCUUUCCGUUUGAAUACUACCACUGUUACCGCCGACGAGAUCUACAAGGUGCACUCUGAGAAGCUCUGGGAGAAAGAGCCUGAGCUUCAGACCAUGUUCCAUCCAUUCAACGGCCUCGCCGCCGAGUACCGCAUCAACGAGUUCGUUGGUCUUAUCGUCUACUGCCUGAGCAUGAUCCCCAGCUGGGCCAUGAUGGUCGGUAUCAGCUUUCUCAGCAGAACCAUGAUGAGCCGUAGAGUUGGCCGCCCAGGUCAAGGUCCAGGUGGCCCCGGUGGUGCCGCCCCUGCUCCCGCUCAAUAA